AUGUUACCUUGCGUGAGUUCUCGAAGAUUUUCCGAAGAUGUUGAUUUUCACGCGGGAAGGUUUAAAAAGAUGGCCGAAGAAUAUAGACGAUUGUCUCGUCAACAAGAAGUCGGACUUAAAGCAGAUUUGAGGCAGGGGAAAUCAAAUAUUUCGAGCUACAAAAACCCUAAAAGCAUGAGAGAACAACAUACUGUGAGUAAACUCGCACAUUCACCAAGAAGGCCGGCAAAAAGCGGUGAGAAAUCUGACGAAAAUGGCAAGUCUAAGGGGUGUUGUUCGAAGGACACAAAGGCAAAGUCCGACGACGGUUCGUCUUCGUCAGGUCGCUCAAUCGUUGAAAGACAGGACAAAAGAAAGUCUUUGCAGGUCCUACAGCCUUCUGCUGACGGACAGAAGUUGCUUGUCGGCGGAAGGACGAAACAAAAACCUAAAUCCAAAAGCGGAGCUCAUUCACAGCAAUGUUCGACAAAGUCGAGACAAAAGCAUCUAAAAAGUUAUCUAGUUAAAGCUUCUGAAGUUGAAAGUCCAUCAAGCGCGUCUGAUGCAGAUUCAAGUGUAAAUGUUGAUUUGAAAUUAAAGGAACUCGACUCAACAGAGGAGACGCGAGCGCUGAUGGUACAAGAAAAAGCGCCGGAAAAAUAUUGGGAAUUAAUUGCUGAGGAAAGACGAAAAGCUCUCGAGGAAACUUUACAAGAAAAUAUUAUGCUUUACGAAGAAAUUGAAAAACUAAAAUCAGAGAACGCAGUACUGAAAGAGAAAGCAAACAACCUUGAGUACUUUGCGACGUUGUAUAAAAUCACGAAAGAUGAUUUUCCAGCUGUAUCAGAAACGACGACUUUCAAAGAAAACACUGGUUAGUUAGAAAAUAUCAACUUACUCUUUAUUUAAAACUUUAUGAUUUG